CACCGACAAAAAAUCUAGCAUUAAUGACCUGUCAUCAAUGACAACACCAUCUGUUAUUGCGCGAAUUAAUAGAAAGCGCUCAGCUGGCGAAUUAAAAAAUAAUUUAAUUCAAAAUGAAGAAGAAAAAAAUAUUUUUUUGAAAGAAUUUGAGGGGGAGAGGAAGAAGAAGAAAAAUAAUGGAGGGGAGGAAAGGAUGAAAGAAGACGUCGGUGAUGUUGAAAAAGAUGGGGGCAAUAAAGCCCUUGAAAAAACAGAGAUGGUGAUAAAAACGCCUGAGGGGAACAAUUUAACUCCUUUGGAGACAAGGAUAUGUGGUGGUGCCUCAUUUGAUUUAAGCUGGCAAGUUGAGUGGUCCGGCACCUUUUCAGUAGGCAAAAUAACAACAGAAAAUAUAGCUAAACGACUAGAUUCAUUAAUUUUAUUAAAAUCAGAAUUAAUUAAUAAUAAUAAGAGAAAUACCAGAAUGAGUUCAACUUCAGUGUUUUUAAAUAUUUCUUCUGAAAAAGAAAAUGGCGGGGGAAUUGUAUGUGUUACUGAAAUUGUCUUUCUGACUCAUCAUAUAAGCAAAAUUUGUUGUGUUGUAGCCCGUGUAGAAACUAAUCAGCUAGCUUAUAUUACACGCGAGCGGCAAUCGAAUAACAACCACCACAGAAUUAAUUAUAGGAAACAAUGUCAUGUUUUUAGAACAAAAACUGCACUUGAAGUAGAGGAAAUCGAAUUUGCACUUUCUUCCUUAUUCCAACAGCAAAAUAAUUUUGAAAAAAAUUCAAUUCAAAUGUUCAACAGCCCAACUUCUCCCCCUAGAAGACAAAUUAUUACUUCAACUACAAGUGUUAGGGACGUCGCCACGUCGCCUCUAUCCUUACAAAAGCAAAAUUUUUUUGCUUGCGUGGAUGCUGAAGGGUCUGAUUAUGUUACUCAAUGUCCUUUGAAAAAUAAUAAAAAGGUGGAAAAUUUUUUUUAA